AAUCAAAACACGAUCCGCUUCAAGUUUUCUCUCGGUUGGGGAAAGAAAGAAGAGUUUGACAUGAAGGGUCACAGAGGGAUGACAAACUUUUGACUGACAUAUGUUUUCAGGAAUGUGUUUUUCUCCAUCAUGUCCCGAUGAUGAUGGCCAAACUGCAGCAGAAACUUUUCAAAAGUGCUGGAGAAAGGAUUUCUCGUGUAAAAGAGAGCAGACCAGGAUCUCUGUACAAGUCUGAUCGAUUCAUCAGUUAAGACAGGUUGUGAAGGACAGUAAAUCCGGCACAAGUAUUACAUUAAACGGACAACAUGCAGAAGUUGAAUUCGGUGAACAGUAACGCGGAGCUCCAGCAGCGGCUGGCGGAUCACGGUGGAUCCGGAGACACAGCGAGGGAAAACGGCACCAAACACAUCCCGAGUCCCGCUGAACCUGUGGAUACGGUUCAAUGCUCCAGCAGAAAGAUGCUGGUCGGGCUGGACGUCCUCUGUCUUCUCGUGGCCUCCAUUCCGUUCUUCGCCUGUGAGCUCAAAGCGGUGACUCCGUACAUGAGGGGCUUCUUCUGCGGGGACCCCAGCAUCACCUACCCUUACAUUAAAGAUGAGGCCAUUCCUGAUAGCAUGCUUAUAGCCGGGGGCAUCAUAAUCACAGGACUUACGAUUGCUGUCGGAGAGUGUUACCGGGUACGGUUCAGAGGUGUCCACUCACGAGCAUUUGUGCGAAACCUCUACGUGUCCUGCCUGUACAAGGAGCUGGGCAGCUUCCUGUUUGGCUGCUGUGUAGGGCAAUCCUUGACCAACAUGGCGAAGCUGAGCGUGGGCCGACUCCGUCCCCACUUCCUGUCGGCUUGCAAUGUGACCUAUGCUUCACUCAACUGCCUACCUGGAGACUACAUUUCAGAUGUCGUCUGCAGGAACGAGCCGAAGAUAGUGGAGGAGGCCAGAAAGUCCUUCUUCUCGGGCCAUGCAUCUUUCGCCAUGUACACCAUGCUUUACCUGGCAUUCUACCUGCAGGCGCGGCUGUCAUGGCGAGGGGCGCGACUCCUGCGACCGUUGCUGCAGUUCAUGUUGGUGAUGUUAGCAGUGUACACGGGACUCAGUCGCAUUUCCGACUACCGCCAUCACCCCACUGACGUCCUGACCGGCUUCCUGCAGGGAGGACUGACCGCUUACUGGGUGGCCUUUUAUAUCUCAUCCAUGUUUAAGACGUCUCGUCCAGACAUGUCUCCCACAAGCUUGUCUCUGGAAAGUCCCCUGUCCAGCCAGCAAACCGUUUGCUAACAGACCUGCACAAAGAGACACCUGAGAGAGAUCGAUAGUAAAAGCGGGAGUGAUGGAGCGAAUAACGGGAAUGGGACAAAGAACUUUGGACCGUGUUCAAAUCCUCACAGAGAACCAUUUCCUGCCCAUCCUGAGAGAUGAACAGUUACGUAUACAUGUCUAACCCUUCAACAAACCCGUCCGCAUGGUAUCAACCCUCCAUAGAUAAAUGAUAUUUUUAUAUAUAUAUAUAUAUAUAAAAAGUUUAUCCUUUAUAUUUUUGAAAUAUGUUCUAGUUGAAGCUGCUAAUAAUUGUUGUAUUGUAAUUUGUCACCUGUAGUCCAGGGUCAGAUAUUCACACAUAAUAACCCACAUGUAACUCUCAACAUGUAGAGCUUUUCGGGCACAUGUUGAAUGUUGGACAAAAGUGGACCAAUCACAGCAACCCUUGGUCCUCAGAACACACCCUUUAGGUUUGCUAUUGGACCUGGCUAGACCACUGUUCUGGUGCGCUGUUGCACAAUCAUAGCGGUGCCGAUUCUCAGACAACAACAUCGUGUCGAUCUAGAUCGGGCCGCGUGGAAUCAACGUACGUGGGCCGGAUCCGGGCCGACGCUAUGUCGCUGCCUGGGUUGUGGACACCCUCGGUUUAUAAAAGCACAGAUUUGAUGCUAAUGCUAUUAAGCUUAUGUUGUAUUAAGGUGAGCUAAACUCUAUGUUUGUACUAACCACUUUCACUGCAUGAGUGAGACUGAAAGGAGGUUUGAUCCGACAACCUCCUCACCCCCCCUCCUCCGCAUAAUGAGGGCUUGAAUUGUGCCCAAACGCUCAGCGGACCGGGGGGGUCUAUACCUGUGUACCCUUUACUACUCAUAGCACUUGAAUUAUUACACUAUGGAAUCGUCUAAUUACUACAGAUAAUAUUUUAUAUUUUGUCUUCUUAAAUCAGUGUUCUUUCUUUCCUGCGGUCAGUGCCAUUUGUUUGCGUCUUUGUGUGUCCCCCAAAUUAUAAUUAUUCAGAAUGAAUGUAUAUAAAUCAUUUUAUAAAACGAUCCAGAUUUUCUGAAGUAUUAGCAUCACUUUUGCAAGUUUUACUAUAUGUUCUUAUCGUUCGUGUUGAUCAGGUACGCAGAGUUAUUGUUGCUAAUUGUUAAAGAGACUAGUGACUGAGCCACAGAUUGUCAGAAAGCUAUAUUCUACUUAUCUAGUUUCAUUUCAUUUGUUGGUUUCCUCUGUGAAGAGCCUGUUUGGCUGAAAUAACCACUGUAUUAAUAAACCAAACCAAUAAAAUGAAUGUUCAAUCUU